UACAUUUAAAUUUAAACUGAUUAGAACAUAAGGGCACUCCGAUUCCAAUUUUUCGGGUCUAAGCUGCUGAACACGACAGGGUCCUGAAACAAGUUCAUGUGCCCACUGGAGCUAGCUAGAGGAACACUAGCUGCCUACUAGGAAAGUCGGGUACACGACCCAAAACACCUAAUGAACAUGCCUGACACUCCAUUCCCUUCUCAUCCGCAAAACGGUGCUGAAGACUCGUUGGAACAAAACGAGCAUUUGGAGAGAAUGAUAGAUGAAAUGGAGAACAUUGCUGUGCGGUUGACUUGGAUGGCGUAUGACAUGGCUGCCCUGAGGACCAACCCGGAACUGUGGGGGUCCUUGCAGCAACUGAAGGAGGCUCGUCACCAAUGCUCGUUGGUCAUAUUGGGACCCACUGAAGAAACACGUCCGCAGUAACAAUCUAGACACGCAUGAAGUUUUACAUCCAAUGUCUAUUUGCUCCAAGUUCAAGCUUAAAUUCAAAUAUGUUCACUCAGUCAUCAAUACUGCAUGUUUUGUUGUAAUAUUGUUUUGUUGUUUAUACACUGCCAUUCAGAUAUGUUCACAAAGACAAAUAAA